AUGCAUUAUUCAUCAUUGUUCUGCUUUAGAAAGAAACUUCCGCAGGUCCCAGAGACCGUGUUGAAGAGGAGAAAGCAGAGGGCCGAGAUAAGGGCCAAGAGUAUUCAGAGCAAGGCCAAGCUUGCCGCCAAGAACAAGGAAAAGAAGGCCAAGAUCUUCAAGAGGGCCGAAAAGUAUGUAGCCGAAUACCGACAGGCUAUUAGGGAACAACUCCGCUUGAAGCGUGAUGCCGAGAAGAACGGUGAUUUCUUCGUGCCGGAUGAGCCCAAGUUGGCGUUCGUCGUCCGAAUCCGUGGUAUCAACCAGAUUCACCCUCGGCCACGUAAAGCACUUCAAGUCCUACGUCUACGCCAAAUCAACAAUGGUGUGUUCGUGAAGCUGAACAAGGCCACACUUCCUCUUCUCCGCAUUGUGGAGCCCUAUGUUGCAUGGGGUUAUCCUAAUCUCAAAACUGUCCAUGAUCUUAUCUACAAACGUGGUUUCGCCAAGGUAAACCACCGACGAGUUCCUAUCACUGACAACAACAUCAUCGAGGAGACUCUCGGCAAACAUGAUAUCAUUUGUAUGGAAGACUUGGUCCAUGAGAUCUACAAUGUGGGCCCGAACUUCAAAGCUGCUUCGAACUUCUUGUGGCCUUUCAAGCUGAACAACCCCACCGGUGGCUGGACGAAGAAGACGAACCACUUUGUUGAAGGAGGUGACUUUGGAAACCGUGAGGACCAGAUCAACAAGCUGCUCCGAAAAAUGAUCUAA